GUUAACCAGGAAUCAUGUCGCCUGUCGUCUUUUCAACGACUGUUUCCUAAAAUUCAGACACUGUCGGAUUUUGUUUUUGUACAAACUAAAGCUAGGUUCUGCAGUUUGAGGUCAAUACUUCUCUCUUUCUCUGUUACUCGCUUGUAAAAGCUGUCGGCCAUGUCCAAACCAACGCGGCUCGCGGUAAAAGACAGCGAGCCGAAGCAUUUGCCAAUCUAUCAGCAUAAAAACAAGCUGGUUCAGGCGGUCAGAAAAAGCCCCUUCCUCAUAGUCACCGGUGAGACUGGAAGCGGGAAAACCACACAGCUUCCACAGUACCUGCAUGAGGCAGGUUUUUGUAAGAAUGGAAAAAUUGGCAUCACCCAGCCUCGCCGUGUGGCUGCCAUCACUGUAGCUCAGAGGGUCGCUCAGGAGAUGAAGUGCACUCUGGGUAGAGAGGUGGGAUACCAGGUGCGGUUUGAUGACUGCACUUCUCAGGAAACGGCAGUGAAGUACAUGACAGAUGGAUGUUUGCUCCGAGAAGUCUUAGCAGAUCCCUCACUUUCUCAGUACAGUGUGGUGAUUCUAGAUGAAGUCCAUGAACGCAGCUUGAACACUGACAUCCUUCUGGGUUUACUAAAGAACGUUUUCUCUGACCCUGCUGAAGCCGCUAAGAGACGAUCAUUUCCCCUUAAAGUGGUGGUAAUGUCCGCCACUUUAGAAAGUGAUAAACUUUCAGCUUUUUUCAACAACUGUCCGGUCUUUGAAAUUCCUGGUAGGGUGUUCCCUGUGACGUGCACAUUCGGCUCGGCUGUAGGGCCAAAAGAUGUUGAAAGGAACUUUUAUGUCAAAGAGGUGGUAAAAGUGGCGCUGGAUGUGCACAUCAGUGAAAAAGCCGGUGAUAUUCUGGUGUUUCUAACAGGCCAGUCAGAAAUCGAGCAUGCCUGUGACUUGUUGUUUGAAAAAGCUGAAAACAUAGACUAUCGCUAUGAUGUGCAGGACCGGACAGUGGAGGGCCUUCUCAUUUUACCCCUCUAUGGAUCGAUGCCCACUGAUCAGCAGAGGCAGAUCUUCCAGCCACCGCCUCCUGGAAUCAGAAAGUGUGUGGUAGCCACAAACAUCGCAGCAACAUCCCUCACCAUCAAUGGGAUUAAGUACAUCGUUGACAGCGGCUUCGUAAAGCAGCUCAAUCACAACUCCAGGGUGGGCAUGGACGUGUUGGAGGUGGUGCCAAUCUCAAAGAGCGAGGCUCAGCAGAGAGCAGGCCGAGCUGGGAGAACCUCUGCCGGAAAGUGCUUUCGGAUCUAUACCAAGGAAUUCUGGGAGAAGUGCAUGCCUGAAUAUACAAUUCCUGAGAUUCAAAGGACAAGUCUGACUGCUGUGAUCCUCACCCUUAAGUGCCUUGGGGUUCAUGAUGUCAUCAGGUUUCCUUAUCUGGACUGUCCAGAGGAAAGGUUUAUUCUCGAGGCAUUAAAGCAACUGUACCAGUUUGAUGCAAUAGACAGGAGAGGUAAAGUAACCAAGCUUGGGGAGCUGAUGGUGGAAUUCCCCCUGCACCCGGGUCUCACCAGGGCUCUGCUCAAAUCUGCGUCCCUGGGCUGCCAGGACCUGCUCCUCCCUGUAGCCGCCAUGCUGUCUGUGGAGAACAUCUUCAUCAGGCCUGGUCACCCCGACAAACAGAAAGAGGCAGCUAAGAAGCACCGAGCACUGGCGGAAAAAACAGGCAGCAUCAAUGAUUUCGCCACUCUUCUUUGUGUGUUUAACUCCUGCAAAUCCAGUGACAGGCCUUCAGCCUGGUGCAAAGAGAACUGGAUCCAUUGGAGGGCGCUGAAGUCGGCUUUUAGUGUGGAGACUCAGCUGAGAGAGAUCCUUCUGCGCCUCCAGCAGAGGAGAGAUUUCCCCACUGAAAGUUUUGAUGGGAAUAAAAGUGAACUCUUGAGACGAUGCCUGUGCUCAGGAUACUUCACCAAUGUUGCCAGAAGGUCCGUUGGAAAAGUGUUUUGCACAAUGGAUGGCCAUGGAUCAAUGGUUCAUGUCCAUCCGUCAUCAUCAUUGUUUGAGCAGGAAGCUGAGCUGAACUGGGUCAUUUUCCAUGAUGUGCUGGUGACCUCAAAGACAUACAUCAGGACAGUCUGUCCUAUUCGCUACGAGUGGGUUAAGGAUUUGUUACCUAAACUCCAUGAGGUGGAUGUGUAUGAGCUGAGCAGUGUGGCAAGACAAGAAGUUACGGAAGACGAGAUGGUGAAAUGGGAGAGCAAGGAAGCAGCCAAAAGACAACAAGAGGCUUCUGCUGAAGAUGUGAUGAAGAAGCUUGAGAAACGCAACACUGAAGACAGCGUCAGUGAUGCUCGAGCCCGCUACCUGCAAAGGAAGCAGCAGAGAGAGCAAAGGAAAGCUCUUUGACACUAAGCCGAAAUUGUCAAUUUUAGAUGUUUGCAUUUGGUUUUUAAUAA